CGCUGACUGGAUUCCAGCGAACUCCAUCUAGACGGAAACGAACCACAAGGCCCUCGAGCAGCUGCAUCAGCGGCGAGUGCAAGCAUUCCCUUUUCGGCUGUCCUGAGUUUGUUCGAAUAGCUGGCUGCAUUCCGGAAUUCCUUCGCUCAGGCUCGAUUCAAUUGCACCCUUUCUGCCGCGCGACGCAGGUCGGAGGUGCAAGGCUGCCACGGUGGCGAGUCGCGCAGUGAUCAUCGCGUCACCACUGGACACCACAUCACUGUCGCACCACUUUCCAACCGCUCAAGGUUAUCCCGCAUCCUUUCCCGGUCUGCGUUCUGCAUCUCGAUCCCAAGUUCUUACCUAGCAGCAAGCAUUCAACACUCGACGAUUAACCAAGCACUGCCGCAACCGGCAAAGCCCAGCGACGGAGACCAUGGCCACCGACGAUGGACAACAGAUUUCUCUGCCGUCGCUGUUUCUGGUAGCGGUUCUGUCGGGGUUGAUAAUACGCUACCUAUUUUUUGCGCCCCCUGCUGGGAGAUCGUCACCGCCGAGGGAGGAGCCGGCCGCAGUCAUGCGCCAGCGCGAGGCGGCCGCGGAGAGGAUAAUGCAGAUGUUUCCGUACGUAGAUCGGAGGACAGCGCUGUGGAACUUGCAUAGAACGGGAGGGAACCUCCAAGCGACGUCGGAGAGGGUUUUGGUUGGGCUGUUGGAGACGCCGCCCAUAACAUUUCAGCCUCCGAUUCCUCCAGGCACGAACAGGAACGACAACAACAAUAACAACCCCACCUCGCAACCGAAGCCCGCUGCUGGAUCUGGCCACCCGGAUCUUAUUACGCGGUACAAUCUGCAGGAUAAGCUCAACGCCCCGGCAAACGAGCCAGAGAACGGCAAGGGUUGGAGUUCGAAGCCCGAGGAGAGGCAGUCGUUGCUGCAGAGGCGGAGAGACCAGAUGAUUCUUGAGGCGAGGAGGAAGAUGGAGGCUAAGAUUGCUGCUGAGAAGGCCAAGGCUAUGGGGGUAAAUUGAACGGCGUAAUCGGAUUUGGGUGAUUCUGGGACUUAUGAAUGCACCACUUCACGCCACCGAACUACAUACAGAGUCUAAUGGGAAGCCAUCACACAUGUGGAUGCAGUUGAUAGUGAUACCUUCGCGUUGAGAUGACACUGCAGCGCCUGGGAGUCAGGCAUCAAGCAUAGGUAGGUAAGUAGUACCCUCUUCCCUGGUAAACUCUCAAUGGACUGGAUGACUGUCCUCUACACAUUGCCGUCUGGCGUUAGCCAGUUUGUUGGUCGACGCUUUUGCGGUGUCCCCGAAAAAGUUGUACAAUACAUAUCCCCAUGUAUAAGAUCGGAUCGAGUCGGAGGAGCGGCCCGCGGUCAGGCUGCACAUGUUCUGGCCUAACUUCUGCUUGGCGGGUUGAAUUAAAAAACCGCUUGGGCCUUGGACCGG